CUUCCAUCUGGCCCGGAUGCGUGCGUCGCACCAAAUCCAUAUGAUAAUAUGAUGCGAUAUCAUUUCAUAUACUACUCCAGCACAGAGUGGAAUUACAUUUGUGCAAAGAGAGCGUACGGUACGGUUGACCUGUAGCGCCUGCAACUUACAUCUUGGAUUGGACUGCAAACCUCCAUUGGAGCAAAGUCAAAUGCUAGCACGGUGAGCGCCUCCCACGGCCGCGCGCGAGACGAGAAAUGGAGGAGGGGAGAAGCAUCGGGAGGGAGCACGGCUCGCAGCACAAGAUGGGCAGCGGAAGGGUCGCGGCCGUCGCAGUUGCAGCCGGCGACGACCAUAUAGAGGUGGUGGCGGCGGCGACGGUGGCCGUCGCUUCUUCUUCCGGGCAACACGACGAUGAUGCCAACGGCGGCGUGCAGCAGGGACCGAGGUGGAAGAGAUUUCUAGGACACGUUGGACCAGGAUUUCUCAUCUCCAUGGCUUACCUCGAUCCUAGCAGUUUGCAAACUGAUUUACAGGCUGGGUACAGUCACAGAUACGAGUUAUUAUGGGUUCUCUUGUUUGGGUUCAUCUUCGUGUUGAUUAUACAGUCGUUGGCAGCGAAGCUUGGUGUCGUCACAGGAAGGCACCUUGCGGAGCUGUGUAUGGGUGAAUACCCUAAGUAUGUUAGAUACGGCUUAUGGUUUUUCGCUGAGCUAGGCGUGAUUGCUGCCACUAUACCAGGAGUUUUAGGAACUGCUUUAGCAUACAACAUUUUGUUUCACAUUCCGUUUUGGGCCGGUGUACUCAUAUGUGGAGCUACCAUCAUCCUACUUCUAGGAUUACAGAGCUAUGGGGUCCGAAAACUGGAGUUCAUGAUUGUACUUUUUAUGCUCGUCAUGGCCUCGUGUUUCUUUAUAGAGUUGAACCAGGUCAAUACUCCAGUGAGCGAGUUACUUGAGGGGUUAUUUGUCCCGAGACUCAGAGGACAUUAUGCUAUCUCAGAUGCAGUUGCCCUGAUCAGCGCUCUUGUUCUGCCGCACAAUCUCUUCCUACAUUCUUCUUUGGUUAUAUCAAGAAACAUACCAUCAUCAUGUGAAGCAGUUAAGGAUGCAUCGGUGUUCUUCUUGAUAGAUAAUGCACUCGCCUUGUUUCUUGCGCUACUCGUAAAUGUGGCCAUUGUGUCGCUAUCUGCAACUAUAUGUGUUGAUAAUAUUUCACUUGAGACUGACACAUGCAGCAGUCUUACUUUGAAGUCAGCAUUCAUACUAUUCAAGAAUGUUUUGGGAAGGUCAAAAUCAGUUGUGUACUGUUUGGCAUUACUAGCUUCUGGACAAAGUUGUGCGGUGAUUACCACAUAUUCAGGCCAAUAUAUUAUGCAGGGAUUCUCAGGGAUGAGAAAGUUAAUCAUAUAUCUCGUUGCUCCCUGUCUCACUGUGGUGCCUACUUUGAUAAUUUGUAGCAUCGGUGGUGCUUUACGAGUUCGUCAACUUAUCAAUAUAGCUGCGAUCAUAUUAUCCUUUGUCCUGCCAUUUGCUCUCAUUCCUCUCCUCAAAUUCAGUAGUUGUCCCUCAAUGGUAGGACCUUACAAGAACUCAAUAUCGAUCACGCGAACCUCAUGGAUCCUGUCUAUGGUGAUCAUCAGCAUCAAUACUUAUUUCUUUUGUAAUAGCUUCAUCAGUUGGCUUGUAUAUAGUGACCUACCAAGGUUUGCUAAAGCAAUAAUUAGCACCCUUGUCUUCCCUUUCAUGGCGGCCUAUGUUGCUGCGGUCAUAUACUUGGCUCGCAAAAAAGUUAUUAUCAAUGUGGCACUACCGUCCAGAUCAGUUUCUUGUGGGAUUGAAGUGGAAGAGGUGCGAAUAGAAGAUGGUCGAUAGUACUGAAGGUUUGGCUUGCUAGGUUGGAAUCAUGUUUUGGACACAUUUUGCUUUCUUCGAGAAUGAACCCGUUCUCGUGUACUGAUUCGAUUCCAUAGAGGCUCUUGUAACCAUGGUAGGACCUAGCGUCCCUCUUCUCCGGACAAACUACAGACUAAAGUGCAUAAGAUGAUUUUGAUCUGUAGUUUGCCCGGGCUUCAAAAAGUUUCUAGGUCCACCACUGCUUGUAACUCCUCGAUCAACGAAGCAUCGACUAGUUCAUGUAUAGCAUAAGGUGUAUAUAUUUUUAGCUAGUCAAUUGUUUGUCAUGUACGCUCAACUAUGCACCCAGUAGAAUGAACUACUUGUGAUUGUGCCUAGCCA